ACAAAGUAAAAUGAUCCUCUUGGAGGUCUUGUCAGCGCGCGAUGUCAAUGACGUCAUGUAAUGUCGUGCUUUGACCUAAAUUCAAUUUGUUUCUGUUAAGAUAACCCAGUCACUAGGAACAGAGCGUUUGUCUUCUUUGCCCUCUCUCUCUCUCUCUCUCUCUCUCAGUCUCCCACUCUCUCUGUUUCUACCUUUUCUUUCUCUCGCUCUCUCUCCGUGGCCCUCCCCAAACCAGUUUUUAUCUUGCUAUCCCAUUCACUCACCCUUUAGCUAGGUGCAUAGAGCAUUAUCCGUGAUCCUCUGAGAUGAUUACCUGUUCUAAAGACUAUAGGAUUUCAUUUGUUUAGAAAGUACUGUAUUCUAGAUUUAUGCUAUGAAAGGAAUUUUAUUUCAUACAGGUCUGUGCUGUUCUUGUGAUUCAUUCACUUAAAAGAUUCAUAUCGUAUUAUACUCGUCUUGUUAUUGAGAUAAUUUUGUAAUCAAAUAUUUGACCAAGGACAACAGCAGGGCCAUAUCGAUCAACAGCUUCACUAACAAGACUCACGAUAACAAGUAUUUAGAGUGGACAUCUUUAAUACAAAACUAGUUUUAGUUUCUCUACGCCAUUCAUUGAUGGUAUCGAUCUAAGAUUUACUUCCUGUGUCAACAGACGACAGCAACUUUGUUUGAUAAUUCUAGCAAUCGAACAAAUCAAUCAAUAAUGUGAUAGCUGAAGAUCAAUAUUUUUUUUUCUGUACAGCUGAAUAACCUGAUUAUAAGAUUAACGUCAUCGAGUGCUGGUAACGUCCACCAAUAAACAAUGAUAUGGCAAGCGGUCAAUGGAUAAUGAGUUAAUAAUACAAUGAAUAAUGAAACAAGCUAAGCGGAAAAUGAAAAAUGAGAAACGGAGAAUGAAAAGAAGCUAGAAGUCAUUGGAUAAUUAAAAAAACAGCUUUAGGAUAAACUGAAACUUGUCAACAUGGACGACGUUGUGCCACCGCUUCCCCCACGGUAUCGAUUUCGUGAUUUGAUUUGGGGGGACUCGGCGAUUACAGAUAUGGAAAGAGUCCAUGUGGAGUUCUUCACUAAUGAAAAGUCUCUGAAGGAAAGAUUACAACUUUACUUUAUCAAGAACCAGAGAUCAAGUUUAAGGAUACGGAUCUUCAAUUUGAUCAUAAAACUACUGACUUGUGUCUUAUAUGUUGUAAGAGUGUAUAUGGACGAAUCUUACGUUGGAGAGAAUGAUAUGUACAAUGGGACAUCACCCAAACAUCGGAGACUGGAACCUGCAGAGUUCCACGAGAGACCAGAAAUUAAUUGGGAUGCCAUCAUCUGGGUAGAGCAUCACGAGGGCGUAUGGAUCUGCCAAGUCACAGUCGCCAUUAUAAGUUUGUUUGAGACAAUGCUGGUCCAGUAUCUGAGUUAUAAGGGCAAUAUAUUGCAGCAAGUUCUAUCAUUAGAGCUAGCCACAGAGAUCAUCACUACUGUACCAUUCAUCUUCACAAUCAUUCAACCUCUCCGACAUUUGUUUAUACCUGUCUUUUUGAACUGUUGGCUGGCCAAGAAUGCAAUGCAGAACAUGUUUAAUGACCUACACCGAGUCAUGCAACGCUCUCAGUCGGCUUUGGCUCAACAGUUGAUGGUCCUUGGGGCAACUCUCAUGUGUUUGGUCUUCAUUGGUGCUUGUGGAGUACACCACUUACAACGGGGAGGUAAUCACCACUUUGGUGCUUUUGAGUCGCUGUGGUUCGUUGUGGUCACCUUCUCCACCGUGGGCUUCGGUGACGUGUAUCCGGACAUCUGGCCCAGCCAGCUCUUCAUGUUGCUGAUGAUAUGUUUCGCCAUUAUGAUCCUGCCAACUCAGGUGGAACAGUUGGCCUUGAUAUGGUUGGAGAGACAAAAGAUGGGCGGCUCUUACAGCAGUCACAGAGCUCAGACAGAGAAGCACGUUGUUGUGUGUAUGACCAUCCUGCAGGCCGACUCUGUCAUGGACUUUCUCAACGAGUUCUACGCCCAUGGAAAACUUCAGGAUUACUUUGUGGUGAUGUUGUCUCCGUGUGAGCUAGACACUACCAUGAAAAUGCUGCUGCAAGUACCUCUUUGGGCUCAGAGGGUGAUUUACGUACAGGGCUCAGCACUCAAGGAUACAGAUCUGACCAGGUGUAGGAUGCAGGAUGCUGAGGCAUGUUUUAUUUUAUCAGCAAGAAAUCAUCGAAACAAUUCUGCCAAAGAUGCAGCGGACCAACACACAAUAAUGAGAGCCUGGGCAGUGCGUGACUUCGCCCCAAAAUGUCCACUGUACGUUCAGUUAUUUCGACCUGAAAACAAAUUUCAUGUCAAAUUCGCAGAUCACGUGGUUUGUGAGGAUGAGUUCAAAUAUGCCCUUUUGGCUAAUAAUUGUUUGUGUCCUGGCAUAUCUACAUUUGUUACCUUAUUGCUGCAUACUUCAAGAGGACAAGAAGGGCAAACGUCUCAUGAAAAUUGGCAGAAACUGUACGGAAAAUGUUCGGGGAAUGAAAUCUACCACAUUUGUUUAAAGGAUAGCAACUUCUUUGGUGACUAUGAAGGAAAAAGUUUUACUUAUGCAUCGUUUCAUGCACAUCGCAAAUAUGGCGUGAGUCUUGUUGGUGUUCAGAGAGAUAUUCCUGGCAGCUCAAUACAGUUGAAUCCUGGCCCUAGACACAUCAUGAGAAAAACUGACAUUUGUUUUUAUAUGAACAUUACCAAGGAAGAGAACUCUGCCUUUAUUCUUGCUCACCCUAACAGAGUAUGGACUGGAGGAGAGAAAACAAAAAUACCUCUAGGAACAGAGAAGGCAUCAAGGGUGGCCAGUAUGAUUGCCAGUGUUGGUACUGUAGCUUUAGAACUUCAGCACACAAGAGUUGGCAAUUUUAACUCUGAGCCAAACCUUAUAACAAGAACAGGCAGUAAAAAGAGAAAUCUUAGUCUUCCAAAGAGUCUCAACAUUCAGAGCUUACAGAAACGGCCAAGUAUCGCCCCUGUGCCUGCCACAAUGGAUGACAAUAACAUCCAUAUAAAUGUGACUACUUCUGAGUCAGAUGAAGAGGAUGAUGAUUCUUUUAAUGAUGACAGUGAUGAGUUCCCUGAGUAUGUGAGGGGUUUCCCACCAAUUAGUCCCUAUGUUGGUACUAGUCCAACUCUUUGCCAUUUGAUGAAAGAAAAACGUCCUUUGUGCUGCCUUCAACUUGCCACGCGUUGCCCUCACUGCCACCAUCAGAAUGCCAAAGAGUACAACUGGCCAAACCCUGCCAUUAUUGUUGCUGCUGACUAUGCCAGUACUGGACUCUACAAUUUCAUUGUGCCUUUGCGGUCUCAUUGCCGCCCAAAGAAAUUCCUCAAUCCAAUAGUGCUUCUUGUCUCUGUACAACCAGAUACAGUAUUUCUUACAAUGAUUAGUUACUUCCCCUUAGUGUAUUGGAUGAAAGGAUCUAUAGACCGUAUUGAAGAUCUUCUACGUGCUGGUAUAAACUUGACUGAGAAUGUAGUGGUUGUAAAUAAAGAAACUUCCAACUCACGAGAAGAAGAUACACUGGCUGACUGUAACACUAUUGUUUCUGUACAGACAAUAUUUAGAUUAUUUCCUAAAGCCAAUAUCAUCACAGAAAUUUCUCAUGCACCAAACAUGAGAUUUAUGCAAUUCAGACCAGAUGACCUUUAUGCCUUGUCUAUAUCUAAACUGGAGAAAAAAGAGAGAGAAAGAGGAUCCAAUAUUUAUUACAUGUUUCGACUACCUUUUGCUGCUGGCAAUGUAUUUAGUGCUAGUAUGUUGGAUGCUUUGUUAUAUCAGGCUUUUGUGAAAGAUUAUCUGAUAACAUUUGUCAGACUUUUAUUGGGUAUUGAUAUGGCUGUAGGCUCAGGACAUUUAUCUUCUGUUAGGAUUGGAAAAGAUGAUCUGUGGAUACGAACUUAUGGUAGACUUUACCAAAAACUUUGCUCAACUGCCUGUGAAAUACCGAUUGGUAUCUAUCGCACACAGUACCACACAGAUACAGGUGACUCUAGCUCAGUACUGAAGAAAAAUAUCAGCAGAGUAAAAUCAAUAUUGAGAAGAUCUCCCAUCAGAUGUUCUACAAUAAAACAUGGAAUGUGUUUGUCUCCGCAAGAUGAUCACAUGACCUCAGGGGGACAAUUGACCCCUGAAAGACAAGAAAUAAUCCAAAUGGUGAAAUGCAGGAUGCAGACUGAAGGACUUCCCAUGGAUGAUUACUGUGCAAAUGAAGGUGAUAACAGAACCACUAUCUCCUAUGUACUUAUCAAUCCCAGCUAUGACCUGAAGUUGGAGCUUGGAGACAUUAUUUAUGUCAUACGUCCAAGUUCACUUUCACCACAGCCUUCACCUUUGACUGAUGAGAGGAAACUGCUGGAAGAUGUGCUUCAACAUGAUCAAUUGGUUCCUGAUGAUGUUGACCUGCUGGAAACACUGGGAGAUGACCAUCAUCGGGAUGAAAGCAAUGACCAUCUCAUUACUAAAACAUCACAGGACUCCACAGUUUCAGCACCAGCAAAGAUUCCAAUAAUAUUCUAUGAGCACAUGGAGAACCCUCGUGACAUGUCCACCAGCUUGCCGGCAGACUUACAGUCACACUACAUGGCCCAACAGGGUUGCAGUGACCAACCCAACCACUUCUCUCAUCGCUCAAGAGAUGAAGGGUCAACACCAGAAAGUGACAGCAAUCUGAACACAUUGUACAGCUGUAACAGCCCUGCUGUGUUCAGUCAAGAGACAUUAAAUGGAACCAUCCUAUGAGAGACUUGUAGUAGAGCUAUGCUUCAAAGUGUGAAGGUUUGGUCAUUAUAGAGUGAUGAACUUGUACAGUGUAUAUAUUUAACAGUCCUGCUGUGUCUAGUCAAAUCAAAUUCAUUGGAGCUAAUUAGCUUUUGGCUUGCUACUUAAACACAUAACACUCUAUCAUGCAAUAGGGUUUUUUUAAAAACCUUCAACCAAAGUUCACAUUUCUAGGUUUAAAGGAUGAAAAAAUAGUUUACAACUGUCUUUCUUAAGAUAUGCGUCAGAGAUUACUUACAUUGAAGCAUACUUUGCAUUGUUUUUAAGCCAGCUGCCUUAAAGCAUGUAGGCCUACUGUAUAGCUUAGAUGUACUAUAAAACAACUGCAAUUCCUUCAAUAUAUAGCUUUACACAGUGACCUCACUUGGGUGGGUGUCACUUGGUGCAGUUAACUCAGGGUGUCACUGUCUCCCCAUAAACCCCUCCCCCCAAAUUUCCCCAUAAAAAAACUAAAGUUAGUUUGUUCUUUUAGUUGAACCAAAAUACAGUAAACCAAUUAUCUAGAUUCCUUUACUGUUACACAAUGUAUAAAUUGAGUGUCUAUUCUAUUUUGUAAUUUUGUUGUUUAUGACCUAUUAAAAUGUAAAAUUAAAAUUGAAAACACAAUUAACAUUUGAACAUGUUUUCUUCAUUAAACUUUUAAAAAAACUUUAUGGAAAUGGUUUUACAUUAUACCAGAGUUUCUCAAACUUUUACUAGUGACACCCAACAAUCCCAAAAACGUUUCAUUUGCUGAGCUCUGGGGGGAGGGCUGAAAGUGCCAAGCAUUUUCUGGCAUUUUUGAGCUUCUGAAACUCUGGUCUCCUGGCAUUUAUAAUCCAGUAUUUCUCCAAGAUAAAAGAUUGCAAAUGAAAUAAAAAUAAAUUAAGAAUUGGCAGACUGAGUAUUGGUAUUGAACUGUGAGAGGCAUGCAAGCAGAUGUGCAUUUAGUUUGUAGAGGGCUUGAUCAUUGUAAGUUUUUCCUUGUUUUCAUCUUGUUCAGAACAAUGGUACUUUACUGUGGAGAAAGUAGUCCAGUAGAAAGCUAGACAGUAGUAGGCUCUAAAAUCACUUUGGUUGAAAACACAUUAGAAAGUCUUCUUCAUCAGAACCUUUUCAACUGAUCUUAUUGCUAAGUCUUACUUGUAAAAAUAUAAAGGAUUCACUUAGAAUAUGAAAUGACAUCACUUAAUUUAAUUUCUUUAACACUGGCAACAAAGUCAUUUUAAACACAAAUUUUUUUUUUGUCAUUUGGGUGGCACUCCACUAGUGACGUCACUGGCUUCACUUGGUGCAUCAUUGAUACAAUUACCAUUGGACUGGUUAACACAAAAGAUGAGUGAUAUAUAGGUCUUUAAAAGUUUGGAAAAAAAUAAAUUUGAAGACCUAUGGCUAGAAAAAGUUGACACAGAUUGAUUGAAAGCUCUGCUUUA